AUGUCGGAAGCGAUCGACGACGAAAUCUUCGAGUUGAAGCUGCAGAAAAGCCGUUGUAAAUCGGCUUUUACGAAGACAAAAAACAAACUUUUGAGUGCCGUUUCGAUAGAGGAAGAGUUAGAAAAAGAGGAAAUAAGAACACUUGAACAGGAAUUUGAUAAAACUCAAGAAGAUGUGUCUCAGAUAUUUGAGAAACUGUGCGUUCUGUACAAAGGAAAAAAGGACAAUGGAAACCUGGAAAAAACACAAAAAGAAAUGGAAAUUAAUGAGGUGGAGUACAGCAAAACAUAUGAAACUGUUCAAAAUUUGGUAGAAAAAUCCAUCUUGAGUGACAGUGAUGCUGGAUCAGUUCACGAAGAUCCAAAGGAGGACACAAAACUAGGAAAUGAUAUGUGGAGACAAAUGAAACGCGUGUCCAUUCCAGUGUUUAAUGGGGACAAAAAGAAGUAUCAAGCCUGGUUUGCUGCGUUCAGUGCUUGCAUUCAUAAUGCACCUGCAACAAAGGAAUAUAAACUGUUGCAGCUGAGACAGUAUAUAUCCGGAUCGGCAUUGAAAGCAGUGGAAGAUCUCGGACAUUCCGCAGCUGCAUAUGACGCAGCAUUGGAGCGCUUGGAGAGAAAGUUUGGUGGAGAACGGCGGCAAGUGGCAAGGUACUUGGAAGAGCUGGAGAAGUUCACUCCAAUGAAAGAGGAAAAUGUAAGAUCUAUUGAAAAACUUGCAGACUUGGUUGAUUUAACAGUGGUGAAUCUGACUGAUGCCAAAAGACUUGAGGAUUUAAAAGACGGUGCACUUUACAUUCGCAUUCAAAAGAAACUGCCCGAGAACAUGCUAACACGCUAUCACCGCUACAUCCAUGUAAAUAGUGAAGAAGAAUCAGUAAUCGCGCUUCGUAAGUGGCUCCUUCAAGAAGCAGAAUUUCAUACGCGAGCCGCAGAAACUGUGUAUGGAAUGGCGUACGGACAUAGUGCUGAGAGACAAUGUGCUGAAAGACAUGGCGCUGAAAAACAGUACGGUAAGCAAAGACCACAGCAUCGUUCUUUUGUCACACGGAAUAAAGAAACAUGUGUCUUUUGCAAUAGUGACGGUCAUGUGAUCUGGAAAUGCUCCAGGUUCAAAUCCCUUCCGGUGAAUCGAAGAUGGGAAAUCGCAAAAGAAGCUAGCCUAUGUUUCCGUUGUCUGGGUGACGAUCAUCAUGGGGGUGAAUGCAAGUGGGACAGGCGUUGCGGGAUAAACGGGUGUCCCAAAAAUCACAACAGACUGCUACAUGCAGACAGCAGGCCCGCCCAGAAGAACAACCAGAAUGAGGCUGCCGGCUUUCAAAGAACAGCAAUGACGCAUACCAGUACAUUCGUGUCAAGAAAAGACAGUACGCCAGAAAAGAGGUAUAUUGCUCUUAGAACUGUCCCUGUGAUUGUUAAGCAUGGAGGGAGACACAUGCAAAUAAACGCGUUACUUGACGAUGGUAGCACAAAGACCUAUAUCAACGAAGAUGUCGCGUGUGAGCUCGGUGUACAGGGUCGCGCAUCGGAAAUGACUGUAAAUGUUCUAAAUGGAAUCUCGGACACAUUCCAAACAAUGCCUGUUAGUGUAGGGCUGGAAAGUUUGAAUGGUCAUGUGAACAUGAAUGUUGAUGCAAAUACGACAAGAAAUGUGACUGGAACAUUAAAAACAAUAAACUGGAAUGAAGAAGGACAAAAUUACCCUCAUUUGCAUGGAAUAAAGUUUCCUUGCAUUAAGAAUGACAAAGUGGACAUGCUAAUAGGUAGUGACUACGCGCAGCUACAUUAUUCCUUACAUGAAAUUAAAGGUGCCCCGAAUGAACCGAUAGCUCGACUGACACCUUUAGGAUGGACAUGUGUUGGUCCAUACUCUAGUUCUGGAGAGAAUAACACUUUCAACACCUUUUUCCAGAGUGACAUAGAGUUGAACAAUACACUGAAGCAGUUUUGGGAAGUUGAUAGUUCUGGAACUACCGAAAAUAAUGUUCUGACAGUGAAUGAAAAAAAGGUGAUAGAAAAGACAGAAAAAACUGUGAAAUAUGAGAAUGAAAUGUACACAGUUGGAUUACCGUGGAAAGAAGUAAAUGUUAGUUUGCCCGACAAUUAUGACUCUGCCUUGAAACGCUUAGAAAAUACAGAGAAAAGGUUGAAAAAGAAUCCAGUGGUCUUCAGUGCGUACCAAAAAACACUUGAGAACUAUGAGGAGAAAGGGUAUAUUCGCCGAGUUAAACCAUCCGCAAAGAACAAUCAGGGUUGGUACCUACCGCAUUUUCCAGUAAUACGUUUAGACAAAGAAACUACAAAGAUCAGAGUGGUGUUCGAUGCUUCAGCCAAGUGCCAAGAUGUAUCGCUCAAUGACAAGAUUGAACAAGGGCCAAAACUGCAGAGAAAUUUGUUUGAUGUUCUGUUACGUUUCAGAAGACAUGAAAUUGCACUGAUUUGUGACAUACAAGAAAUGUAUCUUAGAGUUGGAAUUAUAGAAUCGGAUAAAAAAUUCCAAAGAUUCUUGUGGCGGACAGACCCAGAAGAUCCUCCAACCGAGUACGAGUUCAACCGGGUCGUAUUUGGUGUGAACGCAUCGCCCUUCUUAGCUCAGUUUAUUGCUCAAAGAAACGCGAAAGAAUAUGAAAAUGAUUAUCCAAGGGCGGCAGAAACAGUUCUAAAAUCUACAUACAUGGAUGACAGUAUGGAUUCGGUGUGCACAGAGAAAGAUGGUGUUGAACUUUACAAACAGCUGUCAUCACUUUGGAGUAAAGCUGGAAUGUAUGCGAGAAAGUGGCUUUCCAAUUCAGCAGCAGUGCUAGAGAACAUUCCGCAAGCAGAUCGAUUAAAGGAGGUUGAUCUCAGUGAAGGGGGGUUACCAGCAGUCAAAACUUUGGGUGUUUUGUGGGUGGCCGACGACGACCAGUUCACAUUUCGAGUGAGUGGGCCAUUAGAGGGUAUGCAGUUUACCAAGAGAACAUUUCUGAGUAAAAUCUCGUCGUUGUAUGAUCCGCUAGGGUUUUUGGCUCCUUUUACCGUGCGUGCUAAGCUUCUAAUGCAAGACAUUUGGGUAUCGGGAAUAGAUUGGGACCAAAAGCUUAGCCAAUCAGACAAUUUUAAGGUUAUAGAGUGGUUUGAAGAACUAAAACUGUUGCCAGAAAUCAGAAUUCCUAGAUGCAUUAAUAUGGGAUUAAAAACUGAUGACUUUGAGAUACAUACAUUUGUAGAUGCUAGCAGCAAAGCUGUCGGUACAGUUGUUUAUGGUAAAAGUUCAAAUGGAAGUAGUGCCGUCAUCACUCAAAUUGUUGCAAAGAGCAAGGUCGCACCGAUAACUUCCGUCAGCAUACCGCGUCUUGAGCUCAUGGCAGCUAUACUAGGGUUAAAAACAACCGUGAACGUGUGCCGGGCAAUAGAAAUCGACAUGAGCCAUGUGACAUUUUGGUCUGAUAGUAUGAAUGUUCUGUGGUGGAUUCGUGGACAGAGUAGGCGCUACAAACCAUUUGUGGCCAAUCGUGUUGGAGAAAUACAUGAAAAGUCAAGUCCGAAUCAGUGGCGAUAUGUCCCUUCGAGUGAAAACCCUGCAGACAUAGUUUCGCGUGGUAUGUCUGUUGACAGUUUGGUCGAAAGCAAAAUGUGGUGGCAGGGACCCGGUUUUCUUAAGGACUCUGUAGAAUGCUGGCCAAAGAAUCCAGUCGUAAAAGGAUCGGAUGUCGAUGUCGAAAUGAAGAAAUUCCUGUCCGUAGAAGAAAACUGUACAUUUCUUGAACUAUCAAAGAGAGGACCAAUGAGAAGCGACGACCAUUCUUGGCGGCUUAUUCCGGAGAGGUUUUCAAGUUGGACGCGAUUGGUCAGAGUAUGUGCCUGGGUGUAUCGUUUCGUUACAAACUGUGUCAUCGAGAAACAGUCACGCGCUACUGGAGAGUUGACUGUUUGCGAAAUCCGCAAUGCUGAAAUCGUGAUCAUAAAGCAAGCACAAAACGACUGUUUCAAAGAAGAAAUCGCAAACAUAUCGCGGAGACAGAAACUUUCGAAUAAAAGUAAGCUAGUCGGGUUGAAUCCAGUGCUAGAUCAAGAUGAGCUUGUUCGAUCAGAUGGUAGACUGAAGUAUGCUGAAUUCCUUUCGUAUGAUAUUAGAUUUCCCAUCAUCCUACCAAGAAAGCACUGGGUUACCAAACUGAUUGUUAAACAUCAUCAUGAACAGGGUUUCCAUGUGGCAGGGACAAGUCAGACGCUUGCAAGCCUAUCCUUGCGUUUUUGGAUCCUGUCUGGACGAGAAGCCAUCCGCGAGUGGGAAAAUGAGUGCAUGAAAUGUAGAAGAAGAAAAGCACAACCAGCAACGCAGAUCAUGGCGCCACUACCAGAUAUCCGGCUACGAAACUCUAUGAAAGCCUUCUGUCAAGUCGCGGUCGAUUUCGGUGGUCCGUAUAUCACUGUUCAGGGAAGGGGAAGGCGCAGAGAAAAACGUUAUCUGUGCUUGUUCACCUGUCUUAUGAGUAGAGCAGUUCAUUUGGAAGUGGCUUUCGGGUUGGACACCAGCUCCUUUAUGAACGCUUUCUAUCGUAUGGUAAAUCGACGUGGUCUUCCAAAAGAAAUGAUAUCAGACAAUGGCACGAACUUUGUUGGCGCAGAUCGUGAAUUGCAAGAGUUGGUAGCAAUGUUAGACACUAGUAAAAUAUCAGAGGACGGUGCAAACAAAGGUAUACAGUGGCAUUUCAAUCCCCCGCUUGCGCCGCAUUUUGGCGGGGUUCAUGAGAUUAUGAUUAAAGCCGCAAAGAGAGCUGCGUUUGCGGUUUUGAAAGGUGCUGACGUGACAGAUGAAGAGUUAAUAACCGCAUUCACUGGAGUAGAAGCGUUACUGAACUCCAGACCAUUGACCUAUCAGACCGCAAACCCGUUGGACCAGCUUCCGCUGACUCCCAAUCACUUCUUGUUUGGGCAAGCCGGUGGACAUUUUGCCCCAGAGUCGGUCGACACAACCGAUUAUAGUCCGCAGAAACGUUGGAGACGUCUCCAAGAACUCGUGCGUCACUUCUGGGGACGUUGGAUGCGUGAGUGGUUACCUAGUUUGACAUUCCGGAAGAAGUGGUACUUUCCACAACGAGACCUGAAAGAAGGAGACGUCGUUCUGGUAAUCUCACCAGACACACCACGAGGUCAUUGGCCCAUGGGACGAAUAGAGGAGCUCCACAAAGGCAAAGACGGUCGCGUUCGUGUUGCAUCGAUCAACCUCGUCUACCGUCAUUCAAAUACGGAGCUACAACUGGCCCAGUCAUCAGCGACAACCAUAUCGCCAUUGUCCGUGGAGACGGAGCGUCAGUGGCAUGUGAAGUCGACGCUAACCCGGCUUCCCAUACUUACAUCUGGGCCUCCACAUGGUGUUACAUUUCGAUACCAUUAUGGUAUAUCUGGAUCCUUGAGUAUUACAGAAGAACUGAAGGUACUAGCCAGCGAGGCAUUCUGGUUAUCUUGCACGGCAGAUAGCUCUCCUCCGUCUACGUACACAUGGUCAGGCCUACCUUUUUCACGGACGGGAAUCUCAAAUGUAACAGGAGGUCUAACAACAAGCCAGUCAGUAUCUUGUCUUGCGGAAAACUACAUGCAGACGACCUACAAGGGCACGGUGCGCGAUGGCCCCAAAACGGGAAAAUUGCAGAAUGUUAGUAAAGUUCGAGGGGAAAGCCUUCUUUACCAAUGUUUGUACACACCGGGCAACCCUCCAACUCUAGACUUUCAGUGGACGAGGUCCCGGACAAUAUCUUGGGUCAAACAGUUUACUCAGAAUUUGACCAUUCCAAACGUGCAGCGCAGUGACGAGGCCAGUUACACGUGCAAUGUGUCCAGUCUUCUCCGACCAACGUUGGCAUCAGCGACCACCACCCAGUAUGAUACUGCAACAUUUUUUCUAGAUAUUCUAUGUUCCGCUAGGCGACCCCCUGGAGUGGAGGUGCAGCUUAUUUUCACCUCACGCCAACAUGAGAAUGCAACAUUAGUCUACAAAACAGUCGCAUACCCUGUGCCCAAGCCAUCACAGUUUGUUUGGAAGCGCUAUCAUACUGAGACUAGUCCAAAUACUGGUCCUGUUGUUGGAGGGGCAGUUGGCGGAACUGUUGGAGGUCCUUCCGAGCAUUCCAUAUCCGGAAAAGACAGCCCCGGAUAUAAUGCUGCCAAGACGUACGAGGUCGUGUCCAGGACAACGGAAACAUCGGCUUACGAUGAUCUAAAAACUGGUGACAGCGGGUAA